AUGAGAUGGGGAGCUAUUAAUAUCAAUGGGGGCUACUCUGGGAAGAAGGUAGAGCUGGCAGAGGCUGCAAGUAAGAUGGGGCUGGACGUUUUAGCUGUUAGUGAGAAAGAAGAGGAAGUGGGAGAAUACAAGGUCUACCUGUCAGGAGUCCAAGCAGGAAUAGCACAAUGGGGUGUAGGAGUUUACAUCAGGAAAGAAAAGGAACCCAGCGUAGUUGCAAUAAGGUAUGUAAACGAACGACUGAUGAGGAUAGAUUUGACAGUGUCUAGCAAGAAAAUUAGGACUGUGUCAGUAUAUUCGCAUUGUGAAGGGACAGAUCAAGACAAGAUGGAUAGUUUUUAUGAUGCACUUAGUGAUGUCGUUGGUAGAGUAAAGGACAAGGACAGUGUUCUGCUCAUGGACAAGCUUGCUGUUAUUUGA